GACCGAACGCCCAACUGGUACAGGAAACUAGGGUGGCUACACGCCCCCGUAUUUCAUCAACACCCGUCACACAGACAACACUACUUUGUGGAAAAUAGCAGCAGUGCAUUUGCAGGAUAUUAUUGUCUAUGUGACGUAGAGGGACUGGCGUGUUGUGAGGUGUACAUAAGACCGAGAUCGUACACCCAGACGCUGUAACCAGGCGCUGGGGGCUGGCGACCACUACUGCAGAAAAACAGAAUCAUUUGAAACCUCUCAAGACUUUUCAAGAAUAGUAACCAGAACUACAUACCCAGACGAAAUGAUCACUGUAAACGUAGCCAGCAUCGUUGUCGCCGUCUUCUUCCUCGUCAUCCAGGUCGCAGCGUUAACACUAGAUACAGAACAUGCAAGCCCGGUUCAGAAACGAGACACGUCCAAAUUAGACAUGAGCGCCUUACGGACAGCCCUGGACGGGAUGGACACAGAUCUACAGAGCAAACAGAAGCGCACGUGUGCCAUAGGCAUCAACAGCCACCACUGUGCCCUCGCCAGCAUGGAUGACCGAAUGCUGUCACGGGAAUGGCUGAACAACGGCUACAGCCCCGGCAAGAGGGACGGCGGUGCCCUGACACCCGACAUGCACAGCGAGGCAGAGCGUGAACUGGAGCAGAUAUCACUCAAACGCCAGGCUAUAGCAACGCUCAAGUACCUUCUCCUCAAGAUUAAACAGAAAGAAAUCCAGCCACCACCGAGGAAGAGAUCGUGCAGUCUGCGACUAGGGGGCCUCUGCUUGACCGAGUCUCUGGACCGCGCAGCUAGCCAGUACUAUUAUCUACGUAGUCCUCACAGCCCCGGUCGCCGGCGACGUGAUCUCAACAGCCACCUCACCAAGCCUUAAAACAGCAGUCUCGGUCCGGCUGCCCUGGCUCACAGGUCAUCAGAAGGUUCAACUACAGCUGAAACACCAGCGUCUUCAUCAUUGCUUUCUUUGCGACAUCAUCGUUAUCAUCUAAAAUAAUGCAUGACUUAAGACACAGACGUCAACCCAAUGUGCAAUCUCACGUGCAAUGUUAGAAUCUGAAAAUAACAACUUGAAGCAAGUUUUAACUUUAUCAUCACAGAAUGCUCGAACUAAAUGCCAGGGUGAUCUGCGAGGAUACGUAUGUUGGCCAUCCAUUAUUCAUCCGUAAUUGCUGUUGAAUUAUCAAAGCUCUGUAUUUCUGUGAUGGAAGGUAAACGACUGUCCUUUAGGUACGAUGCCAAGGCAGAUAAGGUUCUGAAAGAAAUAUUCUUCACACGUGGUCACGUGUAUUAAUUAACGAUACCCCAGUCAAUUAAUUAACUAAUGACGUUUUAUUAAGUACACGUCUUGAUUGUAGCUUUGGGACAGACCGAUAGCCUUGACCUCCUAGGGUGGUGUCGCGUGAAUAUUGCCAGCACAAUGAUGUUUAAAACACUCUCAUGUGGUUUAUCGUAUUACGGCGAGUUGCAUGUCAGAUUCCCAUUGUCUUAAUGGCGAUAAUAGAAAUUCUAUUUUCUCUUAACCAAAGCCCUCCUAUGAUAAGUAAGAAAUCUAAAUAUUUUGAUGGUAACAUUGAUAGCAGAUGCCGAUUGUUCUAUGAGAAAGCCAUUGCCCUGUACUAGCCAUCGACGCGGGUAAUGUCACGUGUUAUAAUCGAAAUGUGCAUGUUUAUGUCGGAUAUACAUGUAUGUUGGUUAUAUAUCAUAUAUACAUAUCCGAUGUAUGUCCGGUAAAGUCCAAUAUAUGUCGGGUAUAUGUUAGGUAUAUAAUUAAAGGGGCCAGCGUAAUGUCACAAAGUAUGUUUUGCCGAAUAAACAGCUUUCCAUUGUC